AUGCCUAGCAUCCAAGACAGCAUCAACCAGAUCAAAGAUCAGAUACGCGAUCAUGACUAUGCACGGCAGUCGCACGAGCAAACGCAGCGCGAGCACGAGCGCAUCCUGGACGAAUAUGACCGUAUGACGCGCCACCGUUCAACACGCAUGCGCGAGGAGAGGGACACACGCAGACACAAUGGCAGUGAGAGACGCAGAUCUAGAUCACCACCUUCUCUGCGCUUCCGCUUCAAGGACGGCAAGAGUGGUGGUAGUGACAGGCGCAAGAGCAAGCAUUCAUCACACAGGCACAGACACAGACACAUCGAGAGACGCACCGAUGAACACGACGACGCCAAUGUCCAAGGCUAUACCGCUCACCCCUUCUCUCGACCGUGCACCUCUGAGUAUCUGGACCCGUCCAUUUCAGCCUCGUCUCAGCCCGAACCCAAUGCUGCCCAGCCUGUAGACCCCGAUGUUGCUUUCCGAGAGUCGCUGUUCGACGCUAUGGCAGACGACGAGGGCGCGGCAUACUGGGAAGGCAUCUACGGAGAGUCUAUCCAUUCAUAUCCUCGUCUGACCCUCAAAGACGACCAAGGACACCUCGAGCAGAUGACCGAUGACCAAUACGUCGAAUACGUCAAAGCCAAGAUGUGGGAAAAGAAGAAUCCAGAGCUGCUCAGGGAACGUCAAGCGCGUGCUGAGCGUGAAGAGGAGGCUCAAAAUGCAAGAUCGAGGCGCAGACGACACGACAGUGAGGAUGACGAGUAUGAAGAAGACUUUGAAUGGGUCGGUAAUGAAGAGAAGGGCUACGAGAAGAGAUCUACACGCACCCGUCGCCCAAAGCCAGACACUCGAAGUGCACCACGCGACAAGAGCUUCACGUCCGAUGUUGAUGCCGCUCUUGCUAGAGGUGCCAAGCGCAAGGAAGUCAAGAAAUGGCAACAAGCCUGGUCGUCUUAUCAACAAAGAUGGCAAGACCUCAAAGCCAACUCCGCACAACUUCAGGGUGACGAACUCCUCAAAGCAAUCCCUUGGCCUGUCCAAAGUCUUGCUGCCAGAGACGUCGCCAAACAGAAUGUUGAAGACUUCUUCUCUAAUGCUCCACUGGAUUCUGAAGAGGUUCGAGCCAAGACUCUGAAAGACGAGAGUGUCAACUGGCAUCCUGACAGAUUCCAACGUCGCUUUGGUGGAAGCAAUGUCGACGAGGACACACUCAAACUGGCUACCAGUACGCCAACAAAGUCCAUCAAUACCGAACAAGUCCAUCAAUACCGAACAAGUCCAUCAAUACCGAACAAGUCCAUCAAACUAUCCACCAUGUGUCGCGCGAGAAUUACCACAUACCUGCUUUGCGGCUACGUUCAAAAGCACUGCGAUUUCUGCGUCUCUGCUCGUAAGGCGAGCACUGCAGUCGAAUGGGAUCCCACGCACACCUGCCCUAACUGGGACAAGAAUGCUUUCACCGAAAUUACCGAGAGUGUCAGCAAGCGUUGCCCUGCUCAUACCAAGGAGUACCUCGAGAGAACUACUAGAGCUGCUAAGAGAUGA